GCAGAACUCAAGACCAAGGAUGAGUGCAAGGCGAACAAGAAGACGUGCGAGUGGAAGAAGGACAAGUGCAAGGACAAGCCGUCCAAGUCCAAGACCCCGAAGUGCAAGAAACUCAAGACCAAGGAUGAGUGCAAGGCGAACAAGAAGACGUGCGAGUGGAAGGGCGACAAGUGCAAGGACAAGCUAGUCGUACACGUGCGACGCCUCCCGCCGUCCCCCGGCGAGCCGGACGCGGGCGCGGUCGUCGGCGCGACGACGACGACCGCCGGCUUCGCGGCCGGCGGCGGCGAUACGGGGAAGAAGGACCCCUGCAAGAAGACAAAGCUCGAGAAGAAGAAGAAGUGCCUCAAGUUCGAAAAGAAGGGCCAAAAGCUGUGCCAGUGGGACGAGACGAACAAGUGCCACUCGAAGACGUGCGGGUCCAACGCGGAGAAGAAGCCCUGCAAGAAGGCGGGCGGCUGCGAGUGGAAGAAGGGGCAGUGCGUGGCCUCCUCGGGAGUCUCCUGCAAGAAGCAGAAGAAGGAAAAGAAGUGCACCAAGGCCGCCGGCUGCGCGUGGAACGCGAAGAAGGAGAAGUGCGCGGACUGCGCGAAGCAGAAGAAAUCCAAAAAGUGCAAAAAGGCGGGCUGCAAGUGGAAGAAGAGCGAGGAGAAGUGCCUUUAG